CAAACGGGUUUUGUAUUUUAUGAAAGAAAAACAGAGAGAAGUAAAGAGCAGAGGAAUAGUUCACAGCAGCAAUCGCCGACGCGCCGGUCGCCACCUCCGUCGCCUGAAGCCCUACCCACCCAGCCUUCACCGCCGCCGUCGGCCUCCCUUUAUUGUCUCCACGUUUGUCUGCUGCUUCUCAUUCAUCAUCAGUAUUGGUCAAUAAGAUUGAAGAAAAAUGAGCGCAUACAAUGCAUUUAAAGCAAAUGUUCCAGUUGCGUGGAGUCAUAAUCUGUACAUAACACUGGUGAGGGGAAUUCCAGGCACGAGGAAGCUCCAUCGCCGCACCUUAGAAGCCUUGCGCCUCACCAAAUGCAACCGCACCGUUAUGCGCUGGAAUACCCCCACUGUCCGUGGAAUGAUCCAACAGGUGAAAAGGUUGGUUGUGGUGGAGACUGAGGAAAUGUACAAUGCGCGGAAGCAGAAAAACGCUAAUCACCAAGCUCUGCGCCCACCCUUGGUUGUAAAUCAUCAGCCUGCCUCAACUAUUGAUUCUUCUGCAUAGUUUCUGAGAUUAUUCUCUGCCUAUAGGUUGUCACAGAAUAAGUUAUCUCUAUGGAUGAGGACCAGUGGCACCUCAAAUCAAUGGUUAAGCACUGAACUGGGAAGACAUGCAAAAAAUUGUACUCUUUCUACUUCUGAAGCUUUUAUAUUUGUGGAUUGGGACCCUGAUGCAGAUGUAUAGGUUCUGAUCAAGGCACAUCUACUGCUGGUUGUGAACUUUUUACUUCUGAAGCUUUUUUUGUUAAAAACAUCAUAUACUCGCAUAUUGAUUUAGAUGAUUUUUCCUUAGAUGAAGAAGAUAUUUUGACAGUUGCAGACUUGCAGUUAUGCACUUUUGAUUGCUUUUCUUGUUA